CCUCGGAGGUUUCGUGUCCCCUCCCUGGCUCUCCAAACAGCCCAAGUGGCACCUUGGCAGCUGGGGCGGCCACAGCCUGCCCCCCACCCACCCGUGGCCAUAUAAAUCCCCCCAGGCUGCGGCUGGCAAAGGGACAGGAGCGCCCGGAGAGAUGGACGACAGCUCCAAGGAGGCGCUGAUGGAGGAGGCACCCCCGAGGUACACGGAGUCCCCCCGCCUGCCCUGCGUGUCCCACCAGCUCCGGGGCCUCCUGACGGCGGUGGGGAUGAUGGUGGUCCUCGUGGUGGUGGUGGUCGCCUUCCUGCUCCUGGGGCUGCACAUCACCGAGGCACACGCGGAGACGGUGUUGCGAAUGACCAUCCACGGGCUGGAUGGCGAAGGGACCCCUCAGCACCUCUCCAUGAGCAAGAGGGAAAGGACCGGGACGUUCUCGGUGCAGGAUGGGCUCAACGCCUCGGCCAUGGUGGUGUACGACUACAGCAAGCUGCUGGUGGGCUACAGGUCCUGGCGGCACCGUGCCUGCUUCAUCACCCGCGUGGCCAGGGACAACUUCCCGGGGCUGGACGCCAUCACUGACACCUUCCAGCGCCGGCAGGCUGAGCAGGCUGGGGACAACGCUGUGCCCUUGGCCGACCGCUCCAUCCUGGGCACCACCAUCAACAUCCUCUGCAGCGCCGUCCCCGUGCCGGGCUGGGAGGAGGAGGAGGAGGAAGAAGAGGAGGGAGAGGAGGCUGCCAUGGAGAGCAGCAUGAAGAAGGUGGUGGUUGAGGAAGAGGAGGACUCGGAGCAGGGAUGCUGCUGCCCAGGCUGCUGCUUGCCCUGCACCAUGUGCUGCGCCAAGUGUGCCCGGUGCUGCUGCCUGCCCAAGUGCUGCUGCAAGUGCCCCAAGUGUCCCGGCUGCUCCGGCUUCUCCGGCUGCUCCGGCUGCCUCAAGAAGUCCCUGUGCUUCGUGCCCCGCCUGCUGUGCUACCUGCCCCGCAAGCUGCUGGGCUGCCACAACCUCCGGUGCCUCCUCAUCGUGGUGGUGGUGGUGGUGCUGCUGGUGGUCAUCAUCGCCGGCGCCCUGCUCAUGUGGCUGCACGUCGACCAGAGCCACGCCGACACCGUGCUGCGGAUGGGCCUGUGGGGAGGGCCGGCCUGGGAAGAGGAUGCGGCCACUUUCUACCUGGACGGCGGGGAUGGGGCUGCGGCCACCGUGGUCUACGACUACAGGAAUCUGCUGGUGAGCUACAGGUCCCAUCUGCACCGCGCCUGCUACGUCACCCGCGUGGACAAGGACAACAUCCCGGGGCUGGACGCGGUGGCUGAGACCUUCCAGCGCCGGCAGGACGGGCAGAGGAUCUCCCUGCCCCUGGCUGACCGCUCCCUGCUGGGCACCACAGCGAGCAUCCUCUGCAGCGCCCUGCCCGUCUACUGGGCUUAGCCCUGCUGGGUGAGCGUGAUGGGUGGGUGGGGGACACUGAGGGACCUGUACCCACCCACCAGCACCCUCACAGCGCUGGCUUUGCCUUGCAGCACCCCCGGUGUUGCCACAGCCCCUCUGGAAGCAUC